UACACAAAACGCCGCAUCAUAGGGAGUUGUUGACUGGAAGACAACACCCGAUAAGCAGCGGAUGUCGCAACAUUUUUCACUGGUUUAUUUAACGACGAUAAGCGGUUCUGAUACCUCUCUAAAAAUCAUUAAGGCAUGAAUAGUGAUUUACAGAUUUAAUUGCCGAUUGUGACCCGAGCAGGUCAGUUUUCCAAAGAAACCAAACAUGGCCCUUAACAGUGCGAGAAAAAUAGCUGAAAAGUGCGGCAAAUGUGCGGAAAGAAGAUGGUUCAGUCACUUCGCGUAUAGUCCUGAUGAAAAUGUUAACAUUGCGGGUGAAAAGGCCAAGAUGAACAUGUUCCAAGCCAUCAACAAUGCUUUAGACUCGGCGCUGCGGACCGAUUCAAAGGCGAUAGUAUUUGGUGAAGACGUGGGCUUUGGAGGAGUCUUCAGAUGCACUUUGGACCUGCAGAAGAAGUACGGCAAAGAGCGCGUUUUCAACACCCCGCUGUGCGAGCAGGGCAUCGUGGGCUUCGGAAUCGGGGCGGCGGCCGCAGGCCUCACUUCCAUAGCGGAAAUCCAGUUCGCCGACUACAUUUUUCCUGCCUUCGAUCAGCUAGUUAAUGAGGCUGCUAAGUACCGGUAUCGGAGCGGAAGUCUGUUUGAUUGCGGCAGGCUGACAGUGCGAGCGCCUUGUGGGGCCGUAGGCCAUGGGGCGUUGUACCAUUCUCAAAGCCCCGAGGCGUAUUUCGCUCACACGCCCGGACUAAAGGUGAUAGUCCCCAGAGGCCCGAUCAAAGCCAAAGGGCUGCUGUUGAGUUGCAUCCGCGAUCCCGAUCCCUGCCUCAUCUUCGAGCCCAAAGUCCUCUACCGGGCUGCAGUGGAAGAGGUGCCGCUCAAUGACUAUCAGCUGCCGCUCGGCAAAGCCGAUGUCCUGGUUAAGGGGUCCGACUUGACGCUGAUUGGCUGGGGGACGCAAGUGCACGUGCUUAAAGAAGUGGCCGCUUUGCUAAAGCGCGACUAUCAAGUGUCGGCUGAAGUGAUCGACUUGGUUUCCAUCCUGCCCUGGGACGUUGAAACUGUAUGCCAGUCUGCCGGAAAAACAGGACGAGUCCUGGUCGCGCACGAAGCCCCGUUGACUGCAGGAUUUGGAGCGGAAAUUGCAGCAACCAUACAGGAAAAUUGCUUCCUCAGCCUGCUAGCGCCGGUUUGUCGAGUAACGGGGGCAGACACCCCAUUCCCCCACGUGUUUGAGCCGCUGUACCUGCCAACGAAAUGGCGGUGCCUCGACGCCGCCCUGCAACUGAUCAACUAUUAAACCGCGAACUCCAUAACGAGGCAACAUGUUUAAUGCAUGUAACUUACUAUAAUGUACACAUUUUUUAUUUAAAAUAUAUACUCAUAUGCGCUCUA